AUGAUUCCCACAGCGGUUGCGAGAUCUCCUGAACUCGUUCAGAAAGUGUUAAAGAGUUUUCUCUCUGCUGGUGGUUAUGACUCACUCGUGCUCCCAGGGCUUAAAGUAGUUCACAGUAGCGAAGGGAAAGUCUCUGCCGAGUUCCAGGUCGAGAAGACACAUCUGAACCGACUUGACUCCGUUCAUGGUGGAUUAUUAGCUACAGUGGUAGAUAUUGGAGGUUCCUUAGCAAUUGCGUCCAAGGGACUGUUUGCUACAGGCGUAAGCACAGAUAUUAAUAUCAGUUAUAUUUCGGGUGUGAAGCAAGGUGAAAAGAUUCAAGUGGAAGCCCGUGUUGAUAAAUUAGGAAAGACAUUGGCUUUUACCACGGUUGAACUAUUUUCCCAAGGUCGACUUGAAGACACUAAAAAAGAUGUAGUUGCGCUGGGUCGUCAUAACAAGUUUGUAGCACAAGCAUACAAACAUCCCGAAAACCUGAUUAAAUAG